UUUGGAAAAACGUCAAAAAUGGUCUGAGAUUCGCUUUUCGCUGUAGUGUUUGAUAAAUUCACGUAAAAAUAAAUCAUUAAUUAUUUUUUUCUUAUAUCGUGACAUCAGCCACAGUGACGUUAAAACAACUUGGUGAUCAGUGAUUUUACGAUUUAGUUUUGAGUGUUAAAAUGACCUCUGUAGUUUGAUGACAUCUCAUCGAAAUUUCGCUUUAAGCGAGAAGAUAAUGCGCCGGCGCAGAUAAUCGCAAGUGAACAAUAAUAUCGAAUAUUAAAUAAAAAUGGCGUCGGUAUGGAAGCGGCUGCAGCGGGUCAACAAACGCGCCGCCAAGUUCCAGUACACUGCCUCCUACCAUCGCAUUGACGUCGAACUUACGCCGAAAUGGAAGCCGAAUAAAUUAAGUAUAGUAUGGACUCGUCGAUCGAGGCGCGUGAUUACCGAGCCGCUGGAAUGGGAACCGUCUCUCAAGGACCCUUUGAAAGGCUCAGUAAUAUUCACAGUUCCAGAGAAUCAAACGGUGGCCGUGACGUUGUUCCGUGACUCGCGCACCAACGAGCUGGAGGACAAGGACUGGACCUUCGUUCUCGAGGAUGUGUCGCCGACGGGCAAGCGGCGGCGGCUGGCGGCCAGCGCGCUCAACCUGCGGCGCCACGCCUCGCUGGCGCCGGCGCAGCGCGCGCUGCGGCUGCCGCUCGAGCCCGCCUCGCGCAAGCUGCGCGCCGCGCGCCUGCACCUCACGCUGCACUGCGUGCUGCUGCGCGAGGGCCAGGCCACGGACGAGGACAUGCAGUCGCUCGCGUCGCUACUGUCGGUCAACAACAAUUCCGACAUCGCCGUGCUGGAGGACCUGGACGAGGACGAUUAUACUCUCUCCGACAAUUCGACUAGACAGAUGCUAGAUCUCCGUCAACAAAUGGAAGAAAUGACGCAAAGUCUCACCAAUAGUGACAUAGCGGCGACUCCGAACAGCGUUCAGAGUCUUAACUUUGACAACUCCCGCACUCCGACCGCUCCCAUGACGCCCGAGUCGACCACGCCCACGACGCCCGUGCCGCCGAAGGACGUCGAAUUGGAUUUGAAAAUAAAUGAAAUAUCGAAUGUACCGAAAUCGCGACCAGAAUAUCUCAGCAACCUAACGAAACUAGCUAUGAAAAGUGAACUGCCAAAAUAUACCUCGACUCCAAAAAUAAUUCCAGAACGGAACACUGAGGACAUUAAAGUAGACAAUUUGAAAGGUGUAGUGUUCAAGCCCAAGACGAUCGCGAAAAGAAACCUUAAACCGUUGGAGUUAAAGACAAAUUUGAACAACAUAAAUUUGGACACGAACGACAACGAGAAGGAGGAGGACAGUGACAAGACUCCGGUAGCGGAUGUCGACAAACUGCUCCCUCUGAAGGUUCUGGAAAAAGAUAAAACUCCAACGCUAAACGGCAAAUCUGUCCAGGUGCAAGAUCUGCUCGAGUGGUGCAGCGGCGUGACGCGCGAGUACCGCUCGUGCCCCGUCACCGACCUCACCACGAGCUUCCGCUCCGGGCUGGCCUUCUGCGCCAUCAUCCACCACUUCCGGCCCGAGCUGAUAGACUUCUCGGGGCUGCAGGCGGAGCGCGCGGAGGCCAACGUGCGCACGGCGCUGGACGCCAGCGCGCGGCUCGGCAUCGCGCAGGUGCUGACCGCGGCCGACGUGUGCCGCCCGCCCGCGCCCGACCGCCUCGCCAUAAUGACGUAUCUGUUCCAAUUACGGGCGUACUUCACGGGCAACGAGCUGCAAGUGGAACAGCUCGGUAACGAUGAAACGGAGUCCUCGUACAUGGUGGGCCGUCACGACACGGACGAGUCCCUCCCCGCCGAGCUGUUCAGCCGAGAGGUCAGCACGAGGCGCUCCAGGAACAUGGCGGACAAGCCGAGGCCCGUAUCUCAAGGGUCGCAAGAGUCACCCGAUAAGUCUCCCGCCAUCAAGGAGGUUCGCGACAUGCUGCUACAGUCCAAGAACCUGCUGGGGAAGAUGCUGUCGCCGGCCAGGCCCACGACCAGGUGGUUCACGGAGCCGAUCCCAGCCCGACCUGAAAAGUUGAUGACGCGUAAGGAGUUGACGGAUCCGUUCGGCUCCGACGACGAAGACGAGUCGCCUCCGCUCAACAUGAAUGGCGGGACUGACGUCGGAAACGGGGCCAUCGAAAUACAUUCAACAGUCAAUCAAGAACAGAAACCGCAAAUCGAACCAGCCGCAACCGACCCGCUGACUACCCUAUCAUCGGAGACGACCGUUGUCAACGGUGGUACCACCGACUCGCAGAAAGCCGUCGAGCUACCCAAACCCACUCCGCAGCUGCUGUCGCGGCACGACGAGCUGAAGGAGCGCGCGAGGCAGCUGCUGGAGGCCACGCGGCGCGAGGCGCGCGAGCGGGACGCGCCGCUCAGCCCCGGGAAGGCGGAGGAGGAGCGCCAGGCCACGCUGCGCGAGCGCGCCCGCAGACUCAUCGCCGACGCGCGCGCCGGGCUCGUCAGCCCCACGUCGCCGCUGUCGCCGUCCCGCGCGCGCGGCACGCUGGAGAUCAUCAGCAAGCAGUCCGUCAUGGACGAGCUGGCUGCGGCUGGAGUUGAACAGUUAGAAGGUUUGGUUUCAAGACCGGAGUCGAUGCCUUCGAGUCCCGGCUCCAGGAAGAGUGCACCCAGUCCAGAUAGAUCAGAGCGCGCGAGUAGCGGGAGCCGCUCCCCAACGGCGUCGCCGCCGGCCGAGCGGCUGACCCCCGACGGCGACGGCGAUCCUGAACACGCGCCGCCGGAGUCGGGCUCGUACCUGUCGGGCGAGCUGGCGGCGCUGGAGCGCGAGCAGAGCGCCGUGGACGAGCGCGCCGCCGCCCUCGAGAAGCAGCUGCGCCGCGUCAUGGACGCCGCCGACGACGCCGAGGAGGAGGAUCGGUUGAUGUCUCAGUGGUUCAACCUCGUCAACAAGAAGAAUGCGCUGCUGAGGCGGCAGAUGCAACUCAACAUACUCGAGCAAGAAGAGGACCUCAGCCGUCGCUGCGAGCUGCUGGCGCGGGAGCUGCGGCUGUCGCUGGGGGUGGAGGAGUGGAGGAAGACGCCCGGGCAGAAGAGGCGGGAGCGGCUGCUGCUGCAGGAGCUGCUCUCCGCUGUCAAUGAAAGAGAUAGACUCGUUCAAGAAAUGGACGAACAGGAAAAGGCGAUAGCGGAAGAUGAUGAAAUCCAGCGUAACUUAUCAAACGUCGAGAUACAAAGGAAAAACAACUGUAUACUGCAGUGAAUAAGGACUGACACACUUCACAGCGCUUACUCAUACAGCUUGAACAUUACAGAAACUACGUAACUACAACGUCACGUGACAUCGGCUGAUGGUCCAUUAGGUCUUAAAACUAUAUUUUCAUAUCAUUCUAUGUGUUCCGUCUCUCUCGCACACCUAUUAAAGAGGGAGACGGCAUGCGGCAUGAUUUUUAAACUAUAACAUAACGGCCUUACUGUUGUAAGACAGAAAAUACUCAUAAUAUUGUUUCCUAUAAUAAUAUUUAAAUAUUUAAGACUUAGGAAUACGGAAUAAUCCCAGUCGUUCUAACACGGUCCUUAUGCUGUACGACAUAUGGUUGAAAAUUGAAUACGAUGUAAUGUUGGCUUCUAGUACAAGUAACGUUGGGUCUAAAUGGAGAUCGAU